UGCGCGUGUGCGCUGGCUCGGAGAAGGGCUGUCGCUGCUCAUGCCUCCUUGUCCUCAGGCAGCGCUGUUAAAAGAGUCCUGUCACAGAGCCAGCGGAGCCGGGUCUGUGGGGUUUUUGGUAGCCUCAAAACUUAACCACAGCGUGAGAUGGCAGCGAGACCGGGUUUCUGCUGGUGUCUCUACAGCGAGGUGCCUCAAACGUCAGUGUGUAAGUUGUUAUCCCGCUGUCUUCACGCAGAGAGUGCCGCGGACAGGAUGGGUGUACCGGAAGGUGGAGAAGCCAGAGAGCGUGUCGGAUCACAUGUACAGAAUGGCAAUGAUGGCUCUGGUGACCGAAGACAAAAGCCUUAACAAAGACCGAUGCAUACGAUUAGCUUUGGUUCACGAUAUGGCUGAAUGCAUUGUUGGAGAUAUUGCUCCUGCAGAUAAUAUCUCCAAAGAGGAGAAACACAGGAGAGAAGAGGCAGCUAUGCAACAACUGACCCAGCUUCUGUCAGAGGACCUCAGGAAAGAAAUCUAUGAUCUCUGGGAAGAAUAUGAAAAUCAGUCUACUGCAGAAGCCAAGUUUGUAAAGCAGUUGGAUCAGUGUGAGAUGAUACUGCAAGCAUUUGAGUAUGAAGAGUUGGAAAAGGCACCCGGCAGACUACAGGAUUUUUAUGAUUCAACUGCUGGAAAAUUUGUUCACCCAGAAAUACUUCAGCUUGUGUCCAUGAUUAAUACAGAAAGGAAUCAAAAAAUAGCUGCUACAUGUCAUCCACAUUCCUGAGGUGUUCCUAAGCAGCUCUAGCUAUAUUAAAAUUUUUUUUGUUUUACAUUCUCUGUGUUUUUUUCCCUCCUAUAACAUCACUAAGUCUGCCAGGGGCAUUUUUAUUGUGCAUCAACUGCUGAGAAUACUGAGACCACUUAAGAUAGGAGCAGGUAGGGUAGUUGCAUCACAGAGCAUAGAUUCUGCCAAGGACCAAAUUCUGUAAAUGAGGUUUAGGUUUUUUGGUUUUGUGUUUCUUUUUUUUUUUUUUCCUCAAAUCAGCUUCAAAACUAAGGCAGUCUCACUUGUGAAAGUACUUUAUCUGUAGGACAGUAUAUUUCAUGUCAGGGCAAAAUAACUAUAAUGCUGAAUGAAAUGUAACUCUGGUCACUAAGGGAAAGCCUAAUUAUUAUGUGAAAGCAUAUGUUCUUCAGCAGAACAUAAUCCAGUAAUAAUAAAUCAACAUUAGGAAGAGAUUCUGUUGUAGAAUACUUAACUUACUCUUUAAUGAAAAGCUUUUUUUAUGCCUUAACAGCUAAAAUGCCUAUUUAGGUUUUUAUUACCUUUGAAUGAAGUCUUUGGAGUAGCAUAAAAUGUUUGUUUAUUGUCCAAAUGGUGUUUCAAGCAGAUUCUGUCCUGGUUCUGCAGAAAGCUGUAGAAGGCCUGACUAAACUCUCCAGCAGGAAACUUCACUUCCACAGAUACAUCCAAACUAGAACUCCCAGAUAAAUGGGAGAGAGUCUUAUUUAGUCCUAACCUCAUGUUGAGGUCCAGUUCCGGAGCAAUGCAGUUCCUCAGAUUUUCCCCUUGAAAACACUUUUAAUGCUAGGUAAACUUUACAAAAUACUAAAACAUCCCUAUUCUGUGCACAGAAUUCAUUGAUUGCUAUAUUCAGAGAAAGAAUGGUAAGACAGUAACCGCUCACUCUGGUUUGGUUUGACGCUCUUGAAUGUGUUCAUUUCACUAGCAGGUUCACAGUUCAAACUAAUUUUCACAGCAGUUGAAGAUGGAAUCCAAAUCUUUAGUAAAUUCCAACUUAACAGCUUUUUUUCCUACCUUUCCCAAGUGAGAUAUAAACUUUUCGGAUAAAAUCUUCCGUUGCAUAUCUCAGUCAGUGGGGUCCUAGUCGAGUAUAAAUCCACUCUUAGGGUUUUUUUUUCCAUCCUCAGUCAAGUAAGAGUGUGUUAUCAGAGCAUCAGCAUGUGUUGGCCGUGCUAUCUGACGUUUUUAUUCAGUGCCAUGAAUGGGCAUCUGAGGUCUGCAGUGGGGAAAUUCAUGUAAGUUUAACUUAGCUCAUUGCAAACAAAUCUGUUCAGAUAAUGCACUGACUGUCACAGGUAGUCUUGUUUUGUGACUUCUAAAUAUGCAUAGGUUUAAGAACAUA